AUGGCGAAUCCGUCAUCAGGCGUUGUCGUUCCACGUAAUUUUCGACUUCUAGAAGAACUUGAGCAAGGUCAGAAGGGAGUGGGCGAUGGGACUAUAUCUUGGGGUCUCGAGAGUGAUGAUGACAUGACCCUGACUCACUGGACUGGCAUGAUAAUUGGCCCACCUAGGACUCCAUAUGAAAAUAGGAUGUACUCACUUAAAAUUGAAUGCGGCACUCGGUAUCCCGAUGAACCUCCUACCGCCCGAUUUAUGUCUAGAAUCAAUAUGAAUUGCGUGAACAGCCAAACUGGACUUGUGGACAACAGACAAGUGCCGAUCCUGGCGCGGUGGCAGCGCGACUACACGAUCAAGACGGUGCUGCAGGAGCUGCGGCGCCUCAUGACCCUCAAGGAGAACAUGAAGCUGUCGCAGCCGCCAGAGGGCAGCACCUUCUAGCUUCACACAAUUCUAUUGUCUCAAUAACCCAAUCUACUCAACUAUUUACCAUUUUUUAAUAGUAUUAUUACAGUUCCAUAACGUAAAUAUCUCGAUCUAUCAACGUUAAAGUUUAGUGUCAUUUUAAUGUAUGUAAUUUUUUUUUUAUAAUUAUAUAUUUAACUUUGCAUUUAUGUAAUUGUAUCUUCUCUUACAAUUUUAAAGUAGAUUGGGUGAAUAUUUAAUGUAUAAGGAUCACUUUUAAUGGCUCCUACCUUCCCACUUAGAGGGUGUACACCCUUUUAUUUAUCAAAUUACAUAAAUUAUUGUGGCCUUUUUAAAAGUCAAACUUGCUUUCGUGUUAUUAAGGCUAGUUUUACCAGCGUUUUAAUUUCAGUUGAAACCAAAUUAUAACUCGUAACUUGUAAACAAAACAAAUGUAUAAAUAAUCCAAUGAUGAAUUCGAUUAUGGAAAUAUUGUUUUUGUUUAUGGUUAUGAGUGUAUAUAAAUCUCUAUGGAUACCCGAUACUAAAAUUAUAAGGGUUAUAAUUAUUUGUAUGAAAUAAUCUUAUACUAAAUAACGAUAUAAAAACCUUGUCAUUCACUUAGCAUGAUCAAGAGUUGCAUAUUUUAGGAAAUUUUUAUUUCUUAGGCACAUAAGAUAAAGUAAUACUGAUUCUUUAAAAGCUUUGCAUUACUAUUUCAGUGUUUGUUGGAAUUAUUCUCUAUUCGACUCCGGCAUGUCUGACUCACAGCUUACAUGGAUUUCUCGUAGCGUUCAUUUCUUACAUAAUAACCUCUGCGUGAAUUUAUUGUUACAAAAACCAAAUGCUAAGUCAGAUUGUUUCAUAGCAUUAAUAUUUUUACCAAUGUAUAACUAACAAAGGUAAAUAAAUCUGAUUAUACCGUCUUA